ACGACGGGAAACGGAUUGCAAUUUUGCAACAUGGCGGUGAAGUGAGGCAAAGUCGAGGUGCCGUGCCCACGUAAAAUGUAUAGUUCAUAGUCUCGAAAGGGCCAUUAUUGUGAAAUAAACGCGCGCGUAUAAGAAACACGUGUCCAACGAUCGUUCCAUGAUAGACGGUAAAUGUAAAUAUGUACGCAAGGAGACGUAACGUCGUUUGGAAGGUGACACCCCGUGACUUCGUGCGGUCUCGGAGCACGUAUGGCAGAGACUAGAAUAAGAGAUAAGAGAAGAAAGCAUCGUCCAUUUGACGAGAAAACAAGAGGAAAUUAUCGAGAAGACAUCAGAGAUGUUUUGCCCGUUCAUCUCGAACUGUGAAAACAUUUACACAAGAAUUAGAAACCCUUCCUGUAAUUACAACUUUUGAUUGUGUAUGCGUGCCAAACACAAGGUUAUAAGAGCUUGAGGCAUGAAAAGACCCAAUGGUUUCCUGACAUGAUGGAUAGUAAAGUCUUUAUUAAAACUGAGCCGGGACUCGAAGGGCAAUCACUCCCAACUCCACAACCAAAUGCAUCCACAGACGAUACUGGUGGGGCAAAGAUAUGUUUUGUCUGUGGUACUGUUGGCCAUACUGAUCAAUAUUGGCUCAGAGUGAAACCAAGUCCUGGCGCUGCCUCAAAUGAACCUUAUUUUCCAUUUCUUGAAUCCCAUGAACCACCAGCUGGAUAUUGUGGCGAAGGAUCAAGAAGUGGAGCUGUCAAAGCAUGCAAUCUUUGUUAUGCUUUGCUCUUGCAACAAUGGGAAAGUUAUGAGCAAGAUGCUAGGCCUCAUAGUCAAAGAAUUUAUUGGUUAAAAAGAUGUGAUGGUGGGCCCUUUACUGGAGCUGAAAUGGCUCUGCAAGGUGAAUAUGCGGCUCAAGUUUUAGGGUUAACCAAUGAUCAGGCACCACAAAUGAAACAAGAAAAUCGGCCAGUGGGUGUUUCUCCACGGCUUCCACCUAGUUCACCAUCGCCCAGGGUAGAACAAACAAGACCUCCGUCGAAUUCUGUCGAAUUACCAAGACCUCAUUCUAAUAUGGCAGAAACACCAAGGCAUUUAGAACAAGCGAGGCUCACAAUGGAAUCCCCACACCAGAGACUGCAGUCUCCUCAUCAAAGGUUGCAAAGUCCCCGACAACCUGUUGAAGAUGUUAAAAUGUCUGAAGCUGCAUUGGAUUUAAGACAUGGGCCCAGGAGUUCACCUGCACCUACAGCUGCUUUAACUCCUCAAUCUCAAGCCAUCUACAGCGGUGGAUCCUCCUCCAGUAUUGGUACUGAUAUUUUGGAUUUGUCAAUGCCGGAUAAAAAUUCUGUAACAGAAGUUUGUUACAUUUGUGGGGAUGAAUUUAAAAGAGGAUCACUGAGCCAUGUCGCGGCAAAACCACUGCCAAAUGUACCGAAACCUUCCGAAAGUCCUCCACCGUUCUUUCCUUCAUUGAUGCUUCAUCCGAGGCCAAGUAGAAGUCGACCUAUGGACAGUGCCGGUCGAGUACAGGCCUGUUCGGCAUGUCAAAAUCAUCUUUUAGUACAAUGGAAGACAUAUAUGCGGCAGGGCAUACCGCACGGUGAUCGAAAUUAUACGCUUCGCAAGCGACCAACACCCAUGAUGGACACGACUACUUUUAUCUGCUAUACUUGCGCUCUUGAGUAUCCCUCAUCCAGUAUUAGACUGCUGUAUUGCUGUUCUAAUCCCGAAAAAGAAGCAUACUUUCCUUUUAUCUGCACUCUGAGACCCCCACCCGGAGCUAGUCCUAUUAGUCCUCAGGGAAUGGUACAAGUUUGCUCUAUUUGUUACAAGGCUAUACCGCAAAAGCAACAAGUAUUUGGCGGGGAGAACCACGAUAUACAUCCUAUCGGACAAAGUAUGGAUUUUCGACUGCAAGGUCUUUUACCGCGUCCAGCCAUUGCAAAAUCUCCAGCCAAUUCUGCUGGCAGUGAUAUUCGGUUUAAGCCGUACGACUUGAACAAGUCAACCAUUGUCACAAAUAAGCAACGCACUGUGAACCUUAAAGCUCCUACUCUUGGCCAACGAAAUUCUCCUAGCAAUGGUCCCGCUGAAAAUGGUACCGUUGUACUUGGUCAAAACUAUAGGUGCUAUAUUUGUGAAAGAUUGUGUCCUCAUACGCAUAUGGAAUGGUUGUCUACAAGUCCAGAGGGAAUGAAUUCACACGCCAUGCAUUUCCCAUGUUUAAGAGGGAUGGCACGUACUUCCGAGAACGCUUGUAUGGAUAGUCAUGGAAGAGUAUUAGCUUGUGGUCAUUGUGUGACUCACCUAACGCUUCAAUGGGAAAAUAUGGAUGCAGAUCGCGUUCCUUUGGAACGUCGCAGGUAUGAUAUUCCUAGUCCACAUCCAAAUGGUGAUGUGAACCGAUCCAUUGCCACUCCACCGAGUACGAGCUCGGAUCGGACAUUCGGCAGUAAUCCUGGCACAUCGAGCAGCUCGAUCUAUUGUUUCCUAUGCGGUUUACAUAGCGAUCUAACACUUGCGAGAGUUUUGUACGGGCAUCCUCAAGGCCGUAACGCGCCAUACUUUCCAGAAUUAUUACGUCACCAAUCACCGCCAAAUGCUGAGCAACUCAGGGAAGAUGGUUCCGCGUUAGUUUGCACUUUCUGUUAUCACACCCUACUUGCGCAAUGGCGCCGUUACGAAUCUCAGCAAAUCGUGGAUAGACAGUACAACACUCAUGAUUAUUGCUGCUAUGUUUGCGGUAUCACGACCUAUAGAAAACGCAUUCGGGCAUUGCCCGUUAAGGACUUCCCAUUCCUAAGGUAUCACAAACAACCAGAAAAGAGCUUGCUACUGGAGAACGGUGACUUUGCGGUGGUCUGUCUAGAUUGUUACGAAACUUUACGCACGCAAAGUCUCGAAUACGAAAGAUGGGGCUUACCCGUUGAAAAGAGAGAAUAUAAUUGGAUCGUUCAACCUCCUCCGCCAGAAGAUAGUCCUGACGCGUCCAUCGCUAGAUUACCCUCUGGGGAGAGAUCUGAGAAGGUGGUUCCUCAAACUCUGACUGUCAGACCAGCAAGAAAAAACUGUUCACCAAAGGCACCGGACAAAAAGAUUCCUACGAAGGCUCCGGAUAAGGAUCAAGGUCUCCAGCCAGCCAGUACCAAAGCACAGCCAACGUCUAUUGGCAAGUCCCACAGACCCAGUUCCGGCGUUCUACCUCAGGGUCAUACCCCGGGACCCGGGCCAGGUGGCCAACAAAACAACAGAAGUUUUGCCGCGGCUUUGAGGAACCUAGCGAAACAAGCAGGACCGGCUCCUCAGGAAGAGGAACCUCGUGCCAGUCCCAAGAAUCGGGCUCCACCUCCUCUGGUCAGAGGUCCUUCUCCUGCCAAGGAACGAACGUCGCACGAAAGAAGGCCGGAAGAAGUACCCUCUUUGUACACGACUGCCAGACCUACUGAAACUAGCAAACAUAGCGUGACUGCAGCAGCUUCCGAAUUGUUGGCUCGUUCCGGUUUCCAACCCUAUCGACCUGAACACCAUCCGGCCCAUGCUCCGCCUGCCUUUGCUUUGGAUCCUGCUGCUUACAACCCUUAUCACCAUGGUCUUUAUCCACCACCACAUCUGCAGCACGCUUAUAGGUUAGAAGAACAAUUGUAUUUGGAACGAUGCGGGAUGUUGAGACCACCGUUAUUUCCUGGACUACCGUCGUAUCCCCUUUAUGGGUUAAGAUACAGUCCAGACAUGCUCCCACCUGCUUCGCUGGGACUCAUGUCACCGGUGAUGCACGAGCGGUUGAAAUUGGAAGAGGAGCACAGGCUGAGACAAGCGCGGGAACAGCAGGCUGCUAUACGAGAGGAGGAAGAGAGGAGAAGAGCAGCACGAAGCACUGCUUCCUCUGCCCCGGUACCCGCACCUACACCUGCAUCCACCGAUACUGCAGCUAGGAAGCCGACCAUAGCGGUUCAGAUGCACAGCGAGCGGGAGCGUGAACGGGAGAACAGCAGAGACAGGCCGAAUAGUAACAGUGCAAACAGCAACAAUGCAAGCGGCAAUAACGGUGUUGUUCCUGGUAGCGGUGGUCAUCAUCAGUCAAGAAAAGACGAGUCAUCGUCGACGGUACAAGCAACUGUUCCACAAGUACAGCCUCCACCACCACCACCACCACCACCAGCAUCGGAUCCAUCAGCAGUAGCAGCAGUAGCAGCAGCAGCGAGCAUCUACCAUUCUCGUUUGCCACCCUUUCCAAGCCCAGCAGCACCAAUCGGGCCAUCCUCUUUGGGCUCGGCUUCCAUAUGCUCCGUUAGUUCCGCUCCAAUCCCUCCUCCUCUUGGAAGCACGUUAACUCCCCUGAACCUUGGACCACCUCCUCCGGCGAUUAGCACAGCGCCGAUCGGUCCACCUCCUAUACCUUCGAUACCUCCAAUUUCAUCCUUAACCGCAGGAGUAAUAGGGCCACCACCGCCACUAAGCAUGCCCCUGGCACCUAUUAUCUCUAUACCUUCUCUCCACCUUCCCCCAGUGCCGUCGAGUACCAUUCAUUCUAGUCAGCAUACAGCCACGAUAAUGAGUAGCGCGACGACCACGGUCACAAGUUCUAUAUAUUAUCAGCAACAGCAUCAACAACAAACUCAACAACCGGUGCAGCAUCAGCAACGUACGAGUAACACAAGCUGCACCACUACCAUUAAUUCCUUGUCGAACAAUAAUACGAUGACAACUCACGCAACCCAUACCUUGCCUACUCCAGGUGCCACACCAUCCUCCUUGAAUUCCAUGAAUCAUGUAUCCUUAACGCGCAAGUCUCCGCCGUUGCUGCACGGUGUUCACGUGUCCAGGAACAAGGAAGUAGUGUCGACAACAAACACCACGACUAGUACACCGAGCAUAACAACGACCACAACUUCAAUCACGACCACCACUGUACCGUCCACGACCACGACGACGACUAGCUCUUCUACGACGAUGCAGCCGGCCUUCGUUAGACCAUUCGAGGAUUCUUUCCGGUCUAGUGUGAAGCCACA